CAGGCUCGGUAGAAGGGGGGGAGCGGGGCGCGCGGACGGGCGGAAUGGCGACGCGGUGCUGCAGCGCGAGGUGUUCGGCGGAACGGAAAGGGUUCCGGCGCGAGCUCGACUCCUGGCGGCACAAACUCAUCCACUGCGUCGGGUUUGAAAGUAUACUGGAAGGAAUCUAUGGGCCGAGGCUGUUGCAGGAUCUCAGCAUAUUCGACAAUUGUGAGCCUGAAGCGACUGCUGAUUGGUCGACAGAUGCGCGCUGCUCCUUCUGUAACUUACAGCUCGAAAAAAUCAGUGACCACUUGCCUGACUCGCCCCCCCAUGCCGAACCCCCCCCUCAGGGCAUCAACACCUCAGACACACUUCAGUGCCAAGCAGACCAAUUUCUGCAUGCAGUCUUACACAAGAAAGAAUUCCCUGAGAGCUGCGACCCCAUUAUUCCGUUGGCUGCGCAGGAGUUGAUGAGGAAGAUGAUUCGCCAGUUCGCUGCUGAAUAUGCGCAUAAAAUUCAAACAGCAGAAAACCAGAACGCCAUCACACAAACAGAGCCAGACGGACCGCUGGACCUGACGCUUAGCCGCAGCACGCAGUGCGCACAAGCAGAUGGCGUUCUCGACCUCUCAAAGAAAAACACCACGUCUCUGAACACGCUCGCGCAGCAAAGACUAUCAGGGAGACCAAUCAAGGACGAACGUCUGGGCCGCAGCACUCAGUUUGCUGAUGGUUUGCUCUCUAAAGCCGUGAAGGAUGUUCGCUCUGGUGCGCUGGACCUUCACAAAGCUGCCAUACUAUACGGAAUACCUCAGAACACACUACGCCUCCACGCGGAUCACACACACUCUGGUGCUGCGCCUCUCGCGCUCGCCAACCACAACGGAGUGACAGCGUCACGCACAGCUCUGCACACAGGUGAGACCAAAACGACGACGUCCUGGACUCGGCCCCGGUCCGACCAGUCGGAACGCGGUAAACCGUUGGCCGAGAGCGCGGCCGCGGCAUCGCUCCUCCACCGCCUGGUGUGUGAGCUGAGAGAACGUGGCGAUGCGUGCAACACUGCGGCAGGGGGCUCCGCGCUGCUCCGCAUCCCUCAGGUGCGUUCGGGUGUAACGACUCCGCCCUCUGACCUCAGCGGCCUUGUUGACGCCGUUUACCUCAACAGCAAGACCUCAGAUCGCGUCAAGAUCCUCCUUCCCAAACACACCGACUGUAGCUCCGCCCUGGAGUCUCGUCCGCUGCAGGGGGAUGUCCCCCCGCCGUGCGUGUGCGCCCGGAGCGCGGGUGGGAGCGCGAGUGCAGACGAAUGUUUGGAGGAGAGCGAGCGGCGCGACAAACAGCCGCGGAAGAAGCGCGGGCGCUACCGUCAGUACGACCAUGACAUCCUAGAGGAGGCGAUCGCCAUGGUAAUGGGCGGGAAGAUGACGGUGUCGAAGGCGCAGAGCGUGUACGGCGUCCCGCACAGCACGCUGGAGUACAAAGUGAAGGAGCGUAUGGGGACACUGAAGACUCCGCCCAAAAAGAAGCUCCGCCCACCAGAACCAGGAACCUCAGGGACACCGCUGAACGGCUCGAAACGGUUUUAAACCUCAGUACUGCGAUUAACCUCACUACUGCCUGCACACACACACACACAAAACCCUCAUGCACCCACACACACACACAAAUAAACACAUACACAAACGCCUCGUACAAGCUAAACCGUCAGGAACUUUAAUGACGUAAACUUGAAUAUACAUAUUAUUUACACACACACACACACGCACACGCCUUUAUUCAGGGUUUCACUGUGCAGAUCUGUAAGAUAUAAAUUGUUCUAUUUAAACUGCAAAGCACUGUUCAGUUAGAACUGAAGGAUUGAUUCAGGUCUGAUUUUUAGGGAAGCUAAUCUGCUACUACUUAUUGACAUGGCAUUAACACCUGCACACUGAUCGGUGUUAAUCGCUCAGAGAUUGUAUUUAAUUAUGUAAAUUAUUUAUUUCCCCACAAAAAAAAAACACAAACAUGCUCUUUAACACAGUGUGUGUAUCUGCUGUUCAGGAAAAAAAAAAACCGACACAACGCUUCGGGGGAACAUAUAUCAAACAUUGUUGGUGUGACGCACACUCGGUGUAACAUGCGCCGAGUUUAGUGUGACACACUCAAGGUAGUGUAACACUCCUUUCAAUUAAACAAACACACAGCUGAGUGCUGUAACACGUUCAGGUUUAGUUUGACACGCCCAGUUAAAGCCGUAACAAUCGGUUUAGCCUAGCGCAUGCUUUAGUGUAACACAGUUUUGUUUAGUGAAACACAAGUUUUAAAAGAAAUAUGAGCCGAACUCUCUGUUUGGUGUAACACUCGGUUUUAAGUGUGACACUCAGUUUAAUGCAACACACGUUUAAGUUUAGUGUAACGUAACCAAAACAGUUUAGCGUGCACGUUCGAAAUAGUGUAGAACACUCGGUUUAAGAGUAACGUACUCUUAGUUUAAUGCAAAACUAUUUUGUUUAGUGUAACACAGUGAGCUUAGUGUAACACUUGUUUUAUGUAACACACUCGGGUUGAGCGUAACACACAAUGACUUAAACGUAACUUACACACACGGUUGAGUGUUACACUGUUUCAUGUAACAAUUGGUUUAGUGUACCACACAGUGUAACACACACUCAAUGUGUCGAUGUUAUGUUUGGUUUGGCGUAACACACACUCAGUUUAGUGUAACAAAGUCUUAUGUAACACAUUUAGUUUAGUGUAACACACUUAAUUUGGUGUAACACACAAUGUAACGCCCAGUUUGGCGUAACGCACACUCAGUUUUAUGUAACACACUCAGUUUGGUGUAACACACACUCUGCUUAGUCUAACACACAAUGCUCAAUUUUCGUAACACUCACUCAGGUUUAUGUAACGCACUCGAUUUACUGUAACACACUCAAUUUAGUGUCACACAAUGUAACACUUGGUUUAGAGUAACACUUUUUAGUUUAGAGUAACACACUCGGUUAAGCGUAACAAGACAGGCAGUUUAGUGUAAUAUCCACUGAGUUGGUGUCAUUCUCAGUGUAGUGUAACAUACACAGUUUGGUGUAACACACAAUCGGUUCAGUGUAACUUACCAUUUUAGCGUAACACAAAUAGCGGGACACGCUGUUUAGAGUUAGACGUUUUUGUACAACACAGUAAUUUAAGGGUAACGCGCUCAGGUUGUUGUAACACUAAUUUACCGCUCAGUGUAAUGUAACACCCUGGAGAAGUGUGUGUAUGGUGUAUAAUACUCAAUUUAAAGACGUGCGCGUGUGUGGGUGUAUAGCAUAAAACACACAUUUAGUGUAACACAGCGGAAGGGGAGGUAAGAGAAUUGUGUGUAACACACACUUAGUUUAGUGCAACACACUUUUCUGCUGUGUGACAUUUAAAUGUGGUGAAAGUUUGUGUGUGUGUGUGUGUGUGUGUGUGUGUGUGUCAUGUAACAGCCAGUGUAGUUAAACGCAGUCACGGUUUAGUUCAACACACACUCAGGAGGUGUGUGUAUUGUGUCUAACACAGUUUUCAGAGGUAUGUGUGUGUAUUAUGUAAAGUACACUCAGUUUAGCAAAGUGCGUGUGUGUGUGUGCAUUGCGAGUUGUGGUGAAGGUUGAAGAAUCACAUCUGGUAAUCGUUAAAACGGUUAAUUUAUUUUGAUUAAUAAGUGAUGUCAUCAGUAGUGAUGCAUCGUGUAAGUUAUUAUUAUUUAUGAUUAGAUAGACGCAGAUGACGCGGUUUGUGUUAAUGACGCCGCGUUAACUCCUUUAACAAUGAGCAUUUAGGCAUAAGAUUUUUUUUUUAUUAACACUUAGGUGCGAAUCGGAUUGCUCUGUGUGUGUGUGUGUCAAAUUUUUUAAAAAUUUAAAUAUUAAUUUAAGCACUGAACAUUGACGGAAAACCUCACUAAGAUAAUUAACAUCGCGUUAAAAUCAUGCUGGGAUAAAUAUUAUUACCCCCCACACACCCCCGCAAAAAAAAAGAAACAUCACUGCUAUAAUUAACACCACCGAAAAACCUCACCCAUCUCGCUGGGACUAUUAACCAGCAGGAUUGUUAACAACACCUCAAAACCCUGUCUGGACAAAUUAACAACACCAUAAAACAUCACCAGAAUCAUUAACACCACCAUAAAACCUCACUGAGACGAUUAACACCACUGUUAAAUCAUACUGUCAUAAUCAACACCACAUCAAAGCCUCACUUGCAUAAUUAAUAGCAUUGUAAAAUCUGAAACUCAAUUAACUCCACUAUAAAACCACACCUAGACAAUUACAAUCACCGUAACAAUUAACACUUCUGCAAACCAUUUCUAUCAUAACACCACAUUAAAGGCUCACUUGGAUAAUUAAUUAAUGUCAAUGUAAAACCUCACCAAGGCAAUUAACACAUAUAUAAACAAAACUGGGAAAGUUAACUGUAACACCUCUCUGUAAUAAUGAACCUCACUCAAUUCCCAGCAAAAUACAACCUCACGAGGACCAUUAACAGAGCUGGGAAAUUACACCUCCGUCAGCUUCACUGUUGUAAGAGAAUUAACCUCACUGUAAAAUCUCACUAAAAUAAUUAACAUUAAGACCUCAUUUAGCUAAUUAACACCAUCGUUAAACCUCAUUUGGACAUUAACGCCACUGUAAAUCUUUUUUGGGGAUAAUUAAUAUCACUUUACAACCUCACUGGGAAAAAUUAGCACCUCAGUAAACACUGUAAAUCAUUUCUGAGACAGUUAAAACCUCCUUUAAACUACCAUAAGACCUCACUUAGAUAACCAACACCACCGUAAACCUCAUUCUGAUAAUUAGUUACACUGUAAACCUCACUUGGAUAACUAAUGCCACCGUAAACCUCACUCAGACAUUAACGUCACUGUACAUCUUUUCUGGGGUAAUUAACAUCACUGUAAAACCUGACUAGAAUGUGUAACAUCUUUAUAAAUCCACCAUAAACCUCACUCGGAUAAUUGUGACACCACUGUAAAGCCUUUUUACUGCUGUAAAACAGUGCUGGAGUGAUGAAAACCCUGUAAAGCCUCACUUUGACAACUAACAUACCUAUAAAGGCCACUGUAAAACCAACCAGUUAACAACAGUGUAAACCUUACUGGGAUCAUUAAUACCUUCACCAGAUUAAAAACAUCAUCAACAACACCACAAAACCUCAACUGGAUGAUUACCACCACCGUAAACCUCUUUCAGACAACGCCACUGUAAAAUCUCAUUUAGACAACUAGCAUCAUUGUUACUAAUUAAAACUGCAACUAAAUUUCACUUUGAUGAGCACUUCAUUAAAACCUUAGACAGGUUGCAGUAAAAGUAGUGAUACAACUAACACUGUGUUUAAAUCUAAUUAACACUGCAGUAAACACCUAAUUGAGACACUUAACACUGCAGUAAAAAAAAACUUCCUGCAAAUAGGGAUAAGAAACACUGCAGUCAACGCUAAGAGAUAAUGAACACUGCACUGGGACUGUUCACACCGCAGUAAACACCACAGUGGGAUAAUUAAUGCUCCAGUUAACCUCUGAAAGAGCUAACACCGUAGUAACACCUCACUGGGAGAGUUAACGCUGGAGUUAAACCUCACUGAGAGAGUUAAUGCUCGAGUUAAACCUCACUGGGAGAGUUGACACUUGAGUUAAACCUCACUGGGAAAAUGAACGCUCGAGUUAAACCUCCUGGGAGAGUUAACACCGCAGUAAACCUCGCUGGGAUAAUUAACGCUCCGGUUAAACCUCACUGGGUAAUUCAACACUGCAGUAAACCUCACUGGGAGAUUUAACGAUCGAGUCGAACCUUACUGGGAGAGUUAACGCUCAAGUAAACCUCACUGGGAAAAUUAACACUCCGGUUAAACCUAACUGGGUAAUUCAACACUGCAGUAAACCCCACUGGGAGAAUUAAUGCUCCAGUUAAACCUCACUGGAUGAGUUAGCACUCCAGUUAAACCUCACUGGGUGAUUCAACACUGCAGUAAACCUCACUGGGAGAGUUAGCGCUCCAGUUAAACCUCACUGGGUGAUUCAACACUGCAGUAAACCUCACUGGGAGAGUUAGCGCUCCAGUUAAACCUCACUGGUUGAUUCAACACUGCAGUAAACCUCACUGGGAUAGUUAACACUCCAGUUAAACCUCACUAGGAGAGUUAACACUCCAGUUAAACCUUACCGGGAGAGUUAACACCGCAGUAACACCUCACUGGGAGAGUUAACACUCCAGUUAAACCUCACUGGGAGAGUUAAUACCGCAGUAACACCUCACUGGGAGAGUUAACACUCCAGUUAAACCUCACUGGGAGAGUUAACACCGCAGUAACACCUCACUGGGAGAGUUAACACUCCAGUUAAACCUCACUGGGAGAGUUAACACUGCAGUAACACCUCACUGGGAGAGUUAACACUCCAGUUAAACCUCAUCUAAUUAACGCUGCUGAGUUUAAUGUUCAUGUUGAUGUGAUUGUGAUUUUUCUGCUGUAACCAAAUGAACCGUUCAGGGCGACCUCAUUUCGCACAACGCUGCUGUACUGACGUCUGUAACACACCACUCGGAGUGUGUGUGCGUGCGUGUAUGCGUGCGUGUGUGUUUUAUUCAGGGCUAAUCUGCAGCGCUGCUCUCAUGUCGGAUGUGUCUUUUAUUAGUAGUCGUUUUAUGCUCAAAGAUAGCGUUCAUGUAUUUAACACUGUAACAUACAUACACAUGUACACACACACACACACUUUACACACUCGGUCAUGGUGUGUUCACUGCAUGAACCUUUUUACUCUUUCUAUUAAAAGUUUGAAUUAAAAGUUGUAAAACGCUCGGAGGGAUUAGACUCGGUUGCACUUUACACAAGCUACAUACACAAAGACCUACGCAUGCACGUGCACACACACACACACACACACUCACACACACACACAUCUGUGUUCAAUGCUAAACGGUUUAAAGUGCAGCCGCGAAAAUGAAAUGUGAAUUUUGUGAUUCAGGAAUGCGCUGUUAAUGAGAUGUUAAUGACGUGUUAGUGUUAGUGUUUGUGAGAAUCGUGCGUUUUACGUUAUUUAUAAAGAAAGCCACUCGGUUUCUGCCAUGUAACCUGAAUGUUAUGACAUCAGUGCCUGUUACUGACGCUUCAUCUCAAAAACAGCUUUAUAAGUGUGUAUCAACACCGCGCAAAGGGUGUUAAUGUUGUCGGCACGGGCACUGCAUUAAUUUAGGAGCAGAUGAUGAACUUUUUUUUGUUUGUGAUUUUAUCUGUAAAUUGAUUUCUCUGUCCAUCAUUAACACGCUUGAUUUUUUAUUUUUUAUUUAUAAACGAUCGUGUUAAAAUCAGCGGGUGUGUGCCGAUAAACAGGUAUAUGAUAUAUCUAUGUAUAUAUUGUGAUAUCAUUAUCACAGGUGCGACUGAUUGCGACGGGGCGGGUUUCAGCGCCUCCGUCAAUCCCGUAAUUCCUUCGGCGAAGCCAAAAGCGAUUUGGUGCUGAGGGUCACUAUUAUCAAUUGAAAACAUCCGGCUUUCAAUCGCCAUCUUUAAACGAAGUAUCGGCACGUCCUUAAAUCUGGUUUGUUCCAACCAGAGACGUUAUUUCAGUCUGUGCUUUAAAAUCCUCUUUAUUUCAAGUGUAUAUUAUCUUUUUUUUGUACUUUGACUCAGCUUUUUAACGUGUUAAUGAUUUUUCUGUUUUAUAAUUUUAUUUGGACCACAUUAAUGUAAACGUCGUUUCAGUGACGAUGAAUUCAGGUAAAGAAACCAAAUUUGAUUCUUGAGUUUGGUUAAUGUAGCCAUAAAAAGUAAAAAUCCUCAGGGUGAGAGAGUACAGAGACCAGAGUUAAUAAUAAAACCUGCCCGCUUCAUUUUUAUUUUAUUUUUUUUCUAAUGUGUGUUUGUAUGUAUGUAUAAUAAUUUAAUUCUAAUUUAAUUUCAGUGUUGUCUUGUAUUAAUUUAAUCUCAGUGCAAUGUAAGCACUUGGAUUUUUAGGAUAGCGUAUUAAUUUAAUUUCAAGGUUUUUGUAAUUUAAUAUAUGUUUUGUGGGGUUUUUUUGUUUGUUAGUUUGUUUUUCUUUUACACUCAGGGCUUGAAAUUAACCAACCGUUAAACAAUUGUAAUGCAAAAAAAACAAAAAAAAAAAACAAAGAAAA